AGAGAGAGAGAGAGAGAGGCUGAGUGAUAGAGAAAGCGCACGCGAGAGUAAGAGAGAGCAACUGUGUGACAGAGGGAAAGAGAACGAGGCAGGCUGCUUAGAGGAGUGAGAGAGCCAAGGACGAAAUAAGGAACACAUUUUACAAGUGCAGGAAGAGGGAGGAUCGCAGACGAGGGACUCCUUCUCUGCUGGGCACCUGGGACACAGUCACUGUGGGGUUUUAUUCUCCCCACUCGUCUUCUAUCUGGAAACCCAGUGGAUUGACUAACCAACCGGUGGAUUUUUUUAAUACACGCUUGUGCCACAUCAUUUAGAAACUGGGAUCAUUCCUCUGUGUUAUCUUCCCUCCCGCUGGCUCGGCCGCUACAGACUGAGAUUGCUUUCUGUGUCUGUGCUUGGCUCUCGUGUUGUGAUUCUGCUCCGUGCACAAAGUGCAUCUGUCGGCGACCGGUGCUGGAGAUAUCUCCCCUCUGUCAAACAGGACAGCACGCAGCCACCGUCGGAUCAGACUACAGAGGAGAGAGAGACAGUGUGUGUAUGUAAGAGAGGGACACAGAGAGAGAGAGAGAGGGGCAGUGAGAGAGAGAGAGAGUCAGAUUCAUAGUGUGUCUGAGAGAGAGGCAGAUUAAAGCCCAGGCGAAAGACUGGAGUGAAACAGCUCAAAACGAGAAGUGAACCUAUACAUCCUCUCCCGUUUUCCUUGCCAUCCCUUUCCUCCUCCUCUCCUCCUCUUCUUCCUUCUCCCAUUUUCCAACAUUCACAGGACUGCCAGAGCUACUGCCACCUGCACCUCUUCACGUCUUCUCUUCCCUCUUCUUCCUCUACCUCACCCUUAUCACGCGUUACUAUCCGAUACCAGCCACUGACGGACACGGCGCUCUUGGUUUCUAGCACUUGUGGAAAUAUUUCCAUUGAUCCAGCAGUGAGAGACUGAGUGAGCAUCCGAUAACUGAGGCUCCGGACCGGUUAGGAGCUUCCCCAUCAGAGGCAAACCUCCUCCCAGUUGCUGUCCGGCACGCAGUCCCUGUCUUCUCCCUGGAGAGCCGGCUAGCGACACAGUGGUGCGGACAGCAAAGACAGGAAUCGCACAGCCCCUCCGCUGCCUCUUUCCCAUUGCUAGCUACUUGGCAGCUUCCACCCUGUGUCACCAUUCCCUGCCUCAGUGCUAAGGAUUCCAGCUACAUGGGCAAGCGAUUGGAGCAGCAGCCAAUGUACCCUCAGUACACCUACUACUACCCCCACUAUCUCCAGACCAAGCAGCCCUAUGCUCCACCCCCUCAUCCCAUGGCUCCUCCCAGCCCUAGCACCAACAGCUGCAGCCAGGGAGGGGCGGAGCAGCUCAGUAAGACCAACCUGUAUAUCCGAGGCCUGCCACCUGGGACCACCGACCAGGACCUCAUCAAACUCUGCCAACCGUAUGGAAAAAUAGUGUCAACCAAGGCCAUUCUGGAUAAGAACACCAACCAGUGCAAAGGCUAUGGCUUUGUGGAUUUUGACAGCCCAGCUGCAGCACAGAAGGCCGUGUCGUCUCUCAAAGCCACCGGGGUGCAGGCCCAAAUGGCCAAGCAACAGGAGCAGGACCCCACCAACCUGUACAUCUCCAACCUGCCAGUGUCUAUGGAUGAGCAGGAGCUGGAGAACAUGCUGAAGCCCCUGGGUCACGUCAUCUCCACGAGGAUACUGAGGGAUGCCAACGGGGUCAGCAGAGGAGUCGGCUUCGCCAGGAUGGAGUCCACAGAGAAAUGUGAAGUAGUGAUACAGCAUUUCAAUGGAAAAUACCUGAAAACCCCGCCAGGCAUUCCAGCUCCCACGGAGCCUUUGCUGUGCAAAUUUGCUGACGGAGGGCAGAAGAAACGCCAGAGCCAGAGCAAGUACCCUCAGAACGGGAGGCCGUGGCACAGAGAAGGCGAGACUGGCAUGGCGUUAACAUAUGAUCCAGCUGCAAUGCAGAAUGGGUUCUACUCCUCGCCUUACAGCAUCGCCACCAACCGCAUGAUUGCACAGACCUCCAUCACGCCCUUCAUCGCUGCUUCCCCCGUUUCCACAUAUCAGGUCCAGAGUACGUCAUGGAUGCCUCAUCAACAAUAUGUUAUGCAACCUACAGGUGCAGUGAUCACGCCAGCCAUGGACCACACUAUGUCCAUGCAGCCUGCCAGCAUGAUGGGCCCUCUCACCCAGCAGAUGAACCAUCUGUCCCUGGGCACUACAGGAAGUUACAUGACUGCUGCAGCUGCCGCGGCGCCUAUGCAAGGGACCUACAUUCCCCAGUACACUCCUGUGCCUCCAACAGCCGUCCCUGUCGAAGGAGUGGUGACGGACGCCUCCCCCCAGACAGUGGCUCCCUCGUCACAGGAGGUGGCUGGCCAGCAGCAACAGAUCCAGGUGGACAGUGCUGCCGACCACGUUCCUGCUUACUCAUACCAGUCCAAAUAGCAACGGCCUGAGCGAAUGUUCCUGUGACAGCGUUGCCUUGAGACAGAAGGUGGCUGCACUGUGAAUGUGAGGAAAAGAGAAAAGAAAGAGAUUGCUUCCAGAUUGCCCAGGCACCAAAAAAGAGACACUUUUUUCAUUUCCUACCUGGCCUACGAGAAAAAAAGAAAAAGAAAAAAAACAACAACGCAAGAAGGAGGCAAAGAAUGCUGAGGAAGGGGAUGAGAAAAUUGCUGGGCACAGUGCAAAGAAGCGAAAUUGUUUAGUCUGGGAACCUGCCUGAAGGGCUGGGCUGAAGCUUGAAAAGUUUCUCAAAGAAAAUUCUCAACCAAUUAAAAAAAAAAAAAAAAGAAAAAAACAAACAAAAAGAAAAUGACAAAAAAAGGUUGAAUGCGCAGGUAGGUGAUGAAGUUUAUUUUGUAAUUAGAAAAGGGGAGUCAAGUUUGAGAUACACACAGAGAUUGUCUUCCUCAGAUAUUAAGCUACAAUUUCUUUUCACUCUUUUUUAUGUUCUAGUGUUAAAUUUUAGUUUUCUAGAUAUAUUCAAAAACAAAGUGUUUUUUUCUUUCUUGAAUCUUCAUGGCCUUAAUUUGAAGGGCGGCAGAAACUUUUUACAGAGUUAAAGUCUGACGUCUGGUUAGGAAAAAAAAAUAACAAACGAAAUCAGUCUCUUGGACCACACGGAGGGUACAAGACACUGGCUGAGUUGUUCUAAAGAGGAAAAAAGAAUCUAUCACAUAAGCUGUACAGAUUUAAUAGAGAAGAGCUUUUUUUCUUUUCUUCAUUAGAAGAAAACUUUGAUAAUUAUUAUGUCAGAGGUAACUAAGUGUCAGAAGAAAACAAAAUGUCUGUUGGGGUAAAAGACUUGUGGGUGGGGAGAAGAAGCUUUGAAGAGAUUUUUCACAAUGAGGAAAAAAAAAAAGAAAAAAUUAAGAAAACAUGCUGCAUUGUGGAUGCAGUCUGUUGCAAAUGCUGAACUUGUUUUUUAUUAUCAUAAUUAUUAUUUUACAUGGCAAAGUUGCUGUCGAUGACAUUAGUGCUUUUUAUCUGCCACAUUUUACCUUUUUUAUGAGCUUUAAGAUGUUUUUAGCCCGCUUUGCUUGUCACACUGCGAAAAGAAAAAAAAAAAGAAGAAAGAAAAAAAAUGAUAAAAUGAACAAAAAAAUUAUGGAAAAAAUUCUGGCAGUGAAAUAAAAACAGUAGAUUCAGUAGGAGCUUAACGGUUUAAACCAAUCAGUGCAAAAGCAAUAGAAGAAAUUGUUGACAAUUUCUGUAGUUCUUUCCUAGUUGUGGAUCAAAUGCAGCCCAUGGAUGGCCAUUUUUAUACCAAAGAUGAAGAGACACUCUGAACCAGAGUUUUGUUUUUGUUUUUUGUUUUUUUGUUUUCUUUUCCUUUUCAUUUUUCAGUUUGAUUUUGUUGUUGUUGAUGUUGUUGUUGUUGAUGAUGUUAAUGUUGAUAUUGUUGUUGUUGAUGUUGCUGUUGUCGUUGUUUUUUUAUUUGACCUUGAUGGCCGGACCAGUCCUUACUAUCCUUCUUAGCAUCUUUUUCACCGGGUUUAAGCUAGUUUUCCACGGUUGUCCAAGCUGUCACACACACACACACACACACACACACACCACACACACACACACAGAUACAUAUCUCAACAUGCAUACACUUACUGUACAAACUCUCACACACACACACAUCAAACAGUAUUUAAAGUGUGAUGCAACCAGUGGCAGUCCUACCAAAAGUCCUUUAUCUUCACCUCCUCUUCUUCUUGUCUUUUGGUUUCAUUAUAUAUGUCUCAUUACGAUGCUUUCACACACUGUGGGUGCAUUCCACCUCUCUCUAUCUCUCAGAUCCUGCAGGGAAAACUUUAGGAAACAGAUUGGGGAAUGUUGCUUGCUACGCUCCGUGGUUGUCGACACACUGCUUCCAGCAUUGUCCCCUUAGUGAUUUCUGUCUCUUUAUCUCUUCAAGUCAACCAUAACUAACUCAAACAUUUCUCAACAUACUGAGCUUCAGUGUUGAACUGGGAACCUCGCUGCUGCUGCUGCUGCUGCUGCUGCUGCUGUUUGACCUCCUGUUACCCUCUGUCAUGUAUCACCAAACAUAGGUCACUUUUUUGAGUAUUUACCCACCCUGAAUACCAGUUGAGUGGUGUUUGCUGCAUUUUGUACAUCAGAUGAGUUGUUAGGCCCAAGAAGUGUACAAAUCAAAGCUUUUAGCAAUGAUUGCAUAAACUUUAUGGCACUCAGCGGUACUGACUUAUCACAUUUGGCAGCCAAAGCAUAAUAAAACAACCUUGAAGAAGUUAUUGAAAUGCUUAAAAGAAUGAUUGAACUUUUUUGGGAUAUAUGCUUGUUCACUUUCCUCCUGAGAGUUGGAUCAGAGGAUUGACUUCACUCUCUCUUCUGUAUGGUAAAUAUGAAGUUAAUGGCAGCUGGUUACUUAGCUUAGCACAAACAUCGGAAACAGGGGGAAACAGCUAGCCUGGCUCUGUCCGAAGGUAAUUAAAUCCACCUACCAGCAUGUCUAAAGCUCACUAACUAAAACAAGGUUACAAAGUCCUUCACAAGAUACGGAUGCAGAAAAAUAAGAAGCAUACAGCUUUACACAGAAAGGACGCAUAAACAAAUACAGAGGACGCAAAUAAAUUACAGGGGCAGAUUGCUAGAGAUGGGUUUUUCAAAGUAUUCGAAGCAGUUUAUGGACUUAUCUGAUCUAAAAGAGGGGGAGAGAGUUCUAGAAGGACAUGAUUAAUAUGUCAUAUCUUGUUUUUUAAUCUAUACAAAAAACUGAGAGUAAAAACGCCACCUUGUGGUGUUACAGGGGUUCACAUGCCGGAUUGUUUCUUGGCCAAAGGCAGUAAUUUACUGGUGUCUUGUCGUCAUCGUGAGCGUAAAGACCUCGACACACCAAACCGCAAUCAAAGAACUAGUACUGACGAAAGCUGACUUUUGCAUUACCUCACGUUCAGCCAAAAAGUUGCACUUGAACACAACACAAAGACAACAGCCAACAGCCCACUAGCAUGUAUGCUCUGUGCCUGUAUGAGAGGAAAUAACUUUCCAUAUAUGCAGGCAGAGGUAGUCUGUAUUCGUCAUUUAAAAAGGGUAACCAGCCUGACAGAUUCAAGAUGCUAGUUAGCCAGUUAGCACCUUAACAACACAACCCGAUGUUUAAAGAACAAAGCAUAUUUACCUUUGUUUCAUUUGUUUGUUUAAUAACAAACAUUUACAAACAACUUCUGUUUCUCUUUUCGUGCAAUGAGCUGAACUGCCAAUCAACAUGCUGAAUUUGCCGAAAUAAAGCCUACAAGGGCAGACUAGUGCCAACGGAGCAUGACACACCAUCACCAAAAGUAGGGCAACAGAUGCUCACCCACAACCCGCCACAGACCGAUGGCUGACCGUCUGCUUGGUGUGUCAGGGCCCUAAUAUUGAACCAGCAAGGAAUUACUGUGAAGUAAUGUGGCACAAUUCCUUUAAUACACAUCUGAACAGAGGCAAGACUUGUUUGCAUUGUAAGACUACCAUCACUCUGUGACACUAACAAGGCCAGGAAGAAGUGUGCUUAAAGGCCAGUAGAGGACAGUCUGUCUUGAACGUUCCCUUGAUCAUUUGCCCAACACAAGCGGUGGAGGUCAGCACACCUGCGGGAACUAACUAGGCUCCUCACCAGCCAUAACAAGAUGUUGAUGGCAGUUCCUUCCCCUGCCCCACCUCUGAGUGUCAGCUACACCCCUGGUUGUCCCAAUUUGUUGCACAAACAACCCUGUCACAUCUUAUCCGGUCUUUCCAUCCCAGAGCUGUGUCGGGUUUUCAAUGAUUUCAUCUCAGAGGAUUGUCCCCAGAAGAAAUUGCCUGUGGGACAGCAGCCAUUUCUGCCCCCAUUACAGCAGACUUUGUGUGUCAGGAGCGCUGUGUGUCUGCUCUGUUCGCCCAUGCUUGCCCGCUCUGCCCCACUGUGGGGCUACGGCGCUAAAAAGACCCCGUUUUUUUCCCUGCUUCACUGGCACCAUUAAUGUGCCAUGGCCAAGCCAGGCUCCUUUUGCUCUCAUUUUCCCUCAUUCACUCCCUCUUUUCUCCCCCUCCUCUCUCGCGCUCUCUCUGAGGUUUCUUCUCUUUAUUGGAUGGUGCACAAGCAGAACCACAAACCAAUUUCAGUCACUCUCGCAAUGAGGCUUGACGGGCCCAAUUUGUCUCCCUCCGGGGCAAUAGGAUCCACUCCAGUGUCCCUCAAAAGACCCCUUUCUUCCAGACAGAGAGGGAGCUUUUUGUUUGGUGACAAUUGCAAUUGAGCUCUUGCAGUUCAUGUGACUCAUUCAAAUCUAAGUCCAGCGGUGCGCUUUGGGGCCAUGAUGGCGUGUUGUGCACAUUACAGGCAAGCUACGUCAUCGUGCGUGGCAGUGUUUGUAACUAUUAAUCAAAUUGUACAUCGAGUGCCUUUUUACGAAGCUUCCAAAUGAUUCCAAAAAAAGCACAUGGAAGAGCUUGCUUGAUUCAGUUGUGCUAAAGAAAUGCUACACAAUAUCAAAGCUACUCUAUGGUGCUAAAGAGGAAGCGUUCUCAGGCUUGUGCCUUCAUUGUGUUCACUGAUCUCUGUGACAAGCCGGCCACUGUUGAUCAUUUGGCCAUCAGCUCUCUCCUAACAGGCCACCUGUCCACUUGACGACACUCAAAAGAAACAGGCACACAGGUUCCUGAGGUGAACUGCACCUUUAAAAGCCAUACGCACAUUUUCUUUUUCCUCAGUGUGUAUUAAUACCUGCUGUUUAUUCUUAUCUUCCAUCUACCAACGGAGGUCAAAAGCCAAAUGUGUCGUUCUAACCGUCUCUCAAUGACUGUUCAGCUGUUUAUUGUACAAUCAAAUCAGCACCUGCCCUUCUCCUUUCAUCUCAUCUGCCACUCAACAUCUGCUUGUACUUUCCUCCAGGCUGUGAUCUGCUCUUAUCUUCCCAUAAACAAGCUGCAUUACGGUCUUUAACGGCUAACAACUGACAAACGUUGGGUUUUAGAGCUCCCUGGACUUCCCCCAUGCCGCUUAUCUGUUCGUCAUUGUCACAUCAACUCGCUAUGUUCCAUCCCUGAGUCAUUUUAAGUGUGAACAGAGCUGCUAAACUACAACUUUACCAGUUUUAAGCUAGUAUGUGUGUGUCAGUGUGCGUGCGUGAAGAGUUCUUCUACUCGACAGUACAACUUCUAGCGAGGUUGUGAAUCCAGCAUAGCUAUAGCCGAGUUCUCUAGACUUUUACAGCUGCUGUUUUAUAGAGUAGAGGAGACAUUUUUGAAGCUUAAUAGGACUCAUAAUGCAGGAGUUGCACAUCGGAAAGCAGAGCGUCCCACAAAUGGCCUGAGAUUCAAUAGUAAUGGCAUUAUGGGAAAUAGGAUUACAAAUAGCCAAGAGAUUAUGGGAAAAAAUGCACAACAAAGAAUAUCAGCUCUGUUUUGCUAAUGGAGAUUCAAGACAGAAAAAAGAGAUGUUAAGGCAGGUGUUUGCAUUUGGUGUGCGCUACUAAUAUUUCACAGAGAUCUGAAAGAACCGACUGAACAAACAGAAAAUGGCUUUUUCUUAAUAGCACAAUGGCAUAAUGUAUCUUUUUAGAAUACCAAUACCUUUGUGGAAGUGUACAGAAGGCAUGUCUGCAAUUUUAAGGAGGCUGUAGCAGAAACGCUCUGCUCCCAGUCAGCCCAUGUGUCAGCACAAACCAGGAGCCAGCUAUACCAGGAGAGAAAGAGUGUGUGUGUGUGUGUGUGUGUGUGUGUGUGUGUGUGUGUGUGUGUGUGUGUGGGAAAGAAAGAGAGAGGGAUCAUUAGCUCCUGUUGCCGGGCAGAAGUGGUCAUAGCCUAGAGUUUCUCCAUCUUAAUGCAGCAGUAUGUCCUUUGUACAGGACUCCAGGAGGUGACCUUGCCUGACCCAUCACUAAUUAGCAACACUCUUUCUCUCCUAUCACACAUAGACAUACUCUUUCAGUCCUUUUCUACCCAGUUGAUCUUCAUUUUCCACCUCUGCCAUACCUUACCACCACUUUCCAUCCAUCCAUCUGCAUUAGCUGCAUUCCCUCCUUCCCCCUCUUCAAGUCCACAUCAGCAUACCCUUCAGACUCCAAUCUGCUGCUCUCUUGAGGUAUUAGGAUCUCAAGUACUCUCAUGCCCCUUUUCCACCAACAUGGAACAGGUUCCGAUCCGGUUCCCGCACCUAACUUUGAAUCAGUCUGAACAUGUGGACCAAAAAUAAAUUGGUUUGGAGCCCAAAAUGGUGGUUCUCAGCUGGAACCAGAGAAUGACAGGUUUUUCUUGAAGUGCAAACGGUGACAACAUCAAUGGGCGUGUCAUAUUCUACAGAUUGGAAAGAAAGAAAGGGCAACAAUGGAGACGUCAAGUGCGAAAUUGUUGGGGAAUAGAGAGCAUGCAGUGGUCUCAUUAACCAUUGGUUCAUGCUUGGUUUUUUUUUGUUUUGUUUUUUGCUAAAAACAAAUAUCUGUAAUAACAGAUGUGCAAUGUGCAAUGCCCUCUGUUGAUGACACAUACUUGGUGACAAUGAUUCCGCUCAAACUGGUGGAAAAGCAUGCUAGUUGCUAGAUAGCACCAACGUUCCAAGAAUCCUGAACGGGACCAGUUCAAGAACCAGAGCUAAUUUGGUGGGAAAGGGGUAUUAGUGAAGAUUGGCCCGAGAUCCAGCGGCCCAUAUCACCAAAUUUGCAACAUCCUGGUCUCCUCAGGUGUCAGUUCUUUAAGGCAAGGUGCUUACUUCACUGCGUUCUCAAUCCAUCCAUAACUCACCUUUGUCACUGUCACAGGAGUGAACUCAUUAGAUGUAUCACAUGUCAUACUCAGUUGUCACAAGUCCUUUGAUGACAUUCUUGAUUAGAAUGGUGCCUCUCAAAAAAGGGGGGAAAGAGUGGGCUGGUUUGCUAGAUACGAAACCAGUUUAAGAACCAGAGCGAAUUUGGUGGAAAAGGGGUAUUCGCGAAGAUUGGCCAGAGAUCCAAGGGCUUUUUUCACCAAAUGCAACAUGAAAGCUGCGAUUUGAGUUAUGACAUCAUGUUCAUUAUUAAUUCUGACACAUUUUACUAAGAAUUUGUGAAACGUGGCACUGACACCAGUUGCAAUCCAUGUCCAGGUGCUGCUCCAGAAUGACUACUGUGAAACAGGCUCAUGAAUUAUAGGCCAAGUUGCCACCAUCACAUUCAUUAGUUUCUGUUAGCAGGGACAGCAGGUUGGAGGUGUCCUUGUUGGGAUGUCGUUCACUUUGCUGAGUAAACCUGGGCCCUACUGGUGCUCUGUUUGACUACUUAAGUGUCAGGAUGUUACUGUUUGCUGCCAUAGUGCCAAACUGUGAAAGCAAAGUUUAUGCAAUCACAUAUUACACAUUUUAAGUGUCACAAUGCAGUAAAUCUCACUCAUCUGGUGCCCCGAGGAAGUGAAAUCAGAUGCUCAGAAUUGUUUUCCAACUUUUGUUCGAUACAAGAAAAGGAAGAAUUCUGUACAUUAAGAGCAAUGCAGGGAAAUGCAACCUUCCAUUCCCCGUCAGUCUUCUGUGGAUAACUCCCACACUCUCUACAAGGUAAAUCUGAUCUCCUGUGAGCUUAUACCUUCUCUGAAAUACCUGAUAAACACAAAUCUUGAGACUUUACCCUCAUCCUGGUCUUAUCUGGUGUCAGUUUUUCAAGGUGAGGUGCUUUCUUCACUGUGUUUAUUUUUUAAAAAACAGUCUCCUCAAUCCGUCCCUAACUCACCGUUUCUCACUAUCACUGCCACCAUACUUAAAUCUGACAUGAUCCCCAAAGUAAUGUAUGCAGUGUGGCUUCCGCACUGUCACAGGGGUCAACUCAUUAGAUCUAUCACAUCUCAUACCCACUUGUCGCGAGGUUUCCCGUGAACCGAGUUGUAGCCAUUCCACAUUGAUUCUCGUGUGUUAGGAAAACAGUAGUUCAGAGUUACUCUCACAGCCCGUCUCCCACUGAGUGUAAAAGAGAACCGUGGCUCAAUAACUCAUCACAGACCAGCACAUACACACUCACACACUCUCCGCACACAUAAUGCAGUGGGAAAAUUGCUCAAACUGCCCCCCCCCCCACAAGAGCGAGUCCCUGUGCUUUUUAAUUGAUGCUUCGGUCCACCUUUGAUGAGAGCUAUCGAUUGGCCACACAACCCCAGGAGCGCAGCCAGCCAGCCAGCACAGCCCCUCGUGGAGUUCAAACAGCUCCCUGAGAAAUACAAAAUCCAACAAUCACUAGGAAAUGGCCGACCAAAUUGUUUAGAGAUAGCCUGCACAGAAAGUGCGUUGGGCGUGGGAAUCGUUUACCAGAUUAAAAGAGGAACUAUUUAUUAGGACAGCAGAGCGGUUUUUAAUUUUUUUUUAUUUUUUUUUUUCUCUUUUUGUUGUUUUCGUUAGUUUUUCACUUUUCUUGGUUUCAGCGCCGAGGAGGACAUGGUCACGCCUCGCACACGCUGCUCAGUGUGUGUGAUCUUUGAGAAACUAUCUGUACAUCUGUGGAUGUUAGGAUUUGACUUGGGUUUUAUGAGUUGUUUUUUUUCUCUCUCUGAUGAAGCUUUCAAUAAAAAAACAUUGUGAA